AUGACGACAGAGAUGGGAUUGCCCACAAUGACAAAGAAUGCCCAAGGAAAGGCAGCUCGACUAGACCUCGUGAAGAAACACCUGCAAUACCUUCACCGAACAAAGAAGAAACAAAAAGAAGGGGAAGUGACCGUGCACUUCCCCCACCACUCAAAACCAAAUUCCGGCAAGAUUUCCUGUGAGAAUUCCGGUCAGCAAGGGUGUUCAAGAUUUGAACUUGGAUUGGAGAUUUGUGUUGACCAAGAGGAGAUUGGACUAGAGAUUAAAGAGUUGGGCAAGGUUAUUGAACUUGGAAGAUUGGUGGCUAGAGUUGUGGUGAGAUUUUACUCAAACGAGAUGGACACGCAUAGGAAUGUUCGUUCCCUCGAGUCCCAGGAUCAGGGGCGUGGACGCGGGGGUGUUAGGACCCGUGGUGGUAGGCGGGGCGGUGGUCGCGGUCGAGGAGCUGGGCGGGGACGCGGUGAACAAAGGAUACCCGCUCCUGUGAUAGUUCCUGAAUUACCUACGUGGAGUAGGGUGCAACAGAGGGGAAGGCGCACUAUGGUGAGGAAUUCUGAGGAGGCAGAGAAUCCUGCAGUGAAUAUGGCAGGUGGAGAGGGAGUGGUUCCUGAGGCUACACCAACUCAGGGGCAAACUUUAUCAACUACUCAAAUGCACCAACUCAGGUGGCUUCGAUGUUUGAGGCUCAAAUGCAAGUGA